AUGAAAGAAGACAUCGUCAAGACACAGGAUGAGCAAUGUCUGAGUAAGUUCCCCAGGUCUGAAGCAGCAGGAAAAGAUGCAGAUUCGCGUCUGGUGGAUGGAAUUCUUGGGGAGUCAGUUACUUUCCCCUUAAAUAUUCAAGAACCACAGAAAGUUAAGAACAUUGCCUGGACCUCUAAAUCAUCCGUUGCUUUUGUCAAAGCAAGACUCCAAGGAACACCACCUGAAGUUAUUGUGACCCAGGCGGUUUUUGAAGGACGAAUAGAUGUCAUAGAACAGAACUAUGACCUAAUCAUUAAAGGCCUGAGAAUGGAAGAUGCAGGAACUUACAAAGCAGACAUAAAUAUAGAGAAUAUUCCCACCACCACAAAACACUACCAUCUUCAUAUUUACCGUCGGCUUGGAAAACCAAUAAUUACACAGAGUUUAAUAACAUUUGUGAACAAUUCUUGUAAUGUCACACUGACCUGCUCUGUGGAGAAAGAAGAAGAGAAUGUCACCUACAGUUGGAGUCCCUUUGGAGAGAGAAGCAACGUCCUUCAAAUCUUCCAGUCCCCUGUGAAUCAAAAACUGAAUUACACCUGUACUGUCGAGAACCCUGUCAGCAACAGCUCCAACUCUGUCACUGCCCAGGAACUCUGCACAGACACUUCAAGCUUCCACCUCCGCCAUGCUGUGUUGCCAAGUGGACUGGCUGUUGCUCUCCCUCUGCUUGUUCUCAUUCCAUUUUCAGUGUUUCUAUUCUAUUUUUACAAGAGAAGGCACGAUGGGACUGACCUGGAAGGUAAUGUCUCAAAGGAAACAGCAUACUCUGAAGUUUCAAGAAAUGCUCAUCCCAUGGAGUCCAGAAUCUAUGAUGAAAUCCCUGAGGCCAAGGUGCUGCCCCGCAAGGAAGAGCCAAUGAGCACCAUUUAUUCCUCAGUGCAGCCUUCUGAGAAGGUGUGGAAACACAACACGAAGGAUGACAGACUUCCCAAGGCUUUGGGUAAUGAAAUUAUCGUCUAGGUGAGCAGAUAGCAUUCUCCCACCAGGAACUGAAGUUACAAGCAGCAAUAGGACAGGUGUCCUGGAGACCAAGACUUUCUCUGGCUGUCCCAUACCAUGGCAUUCCAACUCACCA